AUGGAUAAUAACUGUCUUCAACAUGCCACAUCAGCUUUUAAUGCGGAUAGACUCUCAGAAGGUAAGUUAGCACAUUUAGAAAGAUUAUCAGUUCUAAGGCAAUAUAAAGAUCUUGUUAACUUUGGUGACAUUCUAGAUGGAAAGCCAGUCCCAGUUAGCAAUCACAUAUUCGAAAAACUUGAAAAAUUAAACCCUGACUAUUAUUUCAAUGUAAAUGACUGGGAUGAUAAAGCAGGUAUGCAACCUCUUAUAAUUUCGAAAAAUUAUACAAGAAAAUAUGAGGUUAAUCUUCUAGUCCUCACUAAAGAAUCUAUAGGUGGAAAGGAAAAAACACAUUAUUUAUGGAUCAAAAAUCCAAGUAAGCUCAUAUUCUCAAAUACAAAGAAUAGUAACAAGAAGCAUUUAUGUACUCGACAUGGAGAAUUCUUCUCAUCAGAAAAAGCACUUAGAAACCAUCAAAAGUAUUGCUAUGGUCUUACAGGUGCACCUCAAUUUACAGAGCUUCCAGAAAAAGGUAAAAAUGAUAAAUUACAUUUCAAAAAAUGGAAGCAUAUGAUGAGAGCCCCUUGUGUAAUAUAUUCGGAUUUUGAAUCACAUAAUAAGAAAUCUCCAGAUGGUGCAAUAUAUAAGGGGCAAAUUAAAAAGUUAACUGGGAAUGUCCCCAACAGCUAUUACAUUAUAGUACAAUGGAGCGAUGUGGAACAGAUAGAUGUUGGAUAUGUAAAAGGAUUCCAAGAUUCUAACAAGGAAAAACUUGCAGAAGGAAAUAGAUUGAAAUCAUUGGCAGAAAAGAUUACUGAUAUUAAGAAAAGAAAAAAAGCUAUGGAUACUGCAAUGUCAAUGAUUCGAGAUGCCACUGUAUACACCAAAGUCUGGGAUCAUGACCAUAUCUCAGGAAAAUUUCGAGGAGCAUCUCACUCAGGAUGUAAUCUUAAACUAAAAAUAGACCCAUCAAGAGAUCAAAUUCCAGUUAUAUUCCAUAACUUCAGAGGAUAUGAUUCUCACUUAGUAUGUCAAUCAGCAGGUAAGGCCAGCAGUGACCAUAUAACAGUAAUAGCUGAAAAUAUCGAAAAAUAUAAGUCAAUGACUAUAG